CGCCAGUUGCCAUUCAAAGUCCGGCUGCAAUAACCGUAGCCUUGAGCUGCCAUCUCUCGGAUUGCGGAGAGCCACUUUUAGGCGACAUCUCAGGCAUCGGUUCAGGGACGAACAGUGACUCCCACCAACUGCGGGCUGCCCCGCGUAAAUCAGCCCCACCAUAGAUAUCCACAACCACUAACCUUCACCAAUCACCAAGCCACCUCCACCUUCAUAGUCACCGCGCAUUACAAUUACCAUCACCAUUUGAGACUUGUUACCAUACGACAACAUCCAACAUGACUUCGCAAAUGGUGGAAAUCCACACGCCGGAUUUAAAAUGGUGGCUCGCACAUCUCGAAAAUGACUUUCACCCGGUCCACAGCGUUGAUCUCUUUGUCAACACCUUGAAGCGCCGCUCCGUUCGGAAUCCGACGCCGACCGCGGUGGGAACGGCCCAGCUGCUAUUGCGCCUGAUCGCAGCGCAAAAGCCCGCGUCGAUCCAAGGACUCGUGGACUACGUGCUGUCGCUCGAAACGAAGCUGUCGCAGGCGCGGCCGCGGGAGAUGUCUAUCCGCAACAUGGUACGCCGCGUCCUCGGCAUAAUACGCGAGGAGGCCGAGAAUGCCGGGUUGGGGGAGCACUUCAAGGCUGCGAUGGAGAUGUCGGAGGCUGCGGCGCGGUCGGAGCUGCCACACAACCGCCCAUCGUCCAGCGGCCGCCCAGCCCUCAUGACCUCCCACACCAGCUUCGCGUCGGGCACGCAAGCGAGCGUCACUGGUCUGUUCAGCAUCAUCUCGCAGAGCGCGAGCCCGCACGCCAUGAGCACGGGAACGAGCCCGUCCGGCACCGGGACUAACACGCCCGUGCAGCUGACGGCCGUCAGCGCCGAGAGCUUCAAGACCCCCACCCAGCAAAAGGACAUCCGCCCCGCUGUGAUCCAGGACAUCAAGGAGCUGGUGGACGAGCUCGAGAGCAGCGAGAUGUCGAUCGCCGAGUACGCGCCGCAGCUGAUCCACAAGAACGAGGUGAUCAUGACGUACGGGCUGCCGUCGACGGUGCACCGGCUGUUGCUGCGCGCGGCGCACAAGCGCGACCACGACUUCACCGUCGUCGUCGUCGAGGGCUCCCAGAACAUCUUCAAGCGCACCCACGCCGCAGUCAUGAACAAGAUCCCGGCGACAAGCCAGGACGACGCCGCCGACAUCACGAUUACCGACACGGCCACCGCGCGCAAAUCCCUACAGGACCGCGGCGUCCAGGUCAUCGUGAUCUCUGACGUCGACAUCUACAAUCUCAUCUCGCGCGUCAACAAGGUGUUCCUGGCGGCGACGUACGUUCUCGCGGACGGCAGUGUGCUCGCCACCUCCGGCGCGCUCAACGUCGCCCGCGCAGCAAAGGCGCUGAUGAAGCCUGUGGUCGUCGUCGCCGGCAGCCACGUCCUCUGCCCCGUCACUAGCUACUAUCAGGAGGGCCUCGUCGAGAUGGGACCACCCGCUGCUAUAGGAUACGAGCGGGGCGAACUCCUCGACGCCGACUAUCCGAACCCACUCGUCGACCUGAUCGAACCCCAGUUCGUCACUAUGUUUGUCACUAAUAACGGCAUCGUAUCGAAAACUACAAUCAACCGGGCUACGCUCGACCUCUACCACAUGCCGGAGGCAGACCUAGUAUAGGCAGAACAUAUGUAGACUUUUUUCGUGCUUGCAGAUGGCUGGCGGAUGGCAGGCGGAUCUUUUUCUUUGGUUGGUAGGGGCGGUGGGAGUGAAUGGGCUUUCAUUAUUCUUAUUCUUGUUUUUCUACUAUACACGGCGUUGUAUGAUUUGGUUCAAUGUGCUGAAGGGAAGGGAAGGGGGGUAAAACAAAAGUUUGGGAAGGAAAGGAAGGAAGGAAGGCGAUACAGCUUCUAUCAGCAAAAUAGAACGGACGACUUGGCGUUGGAUCAGUUGUUGAUCUUGUUUUUUUGGAUACUUCUCCUAUGUAAAACACUGAUACUCUAAUGGCACCGAGAGAGAGAGAGAGAGAGAGAGA